UGAAAACUUGCUCACAUUCAAUGUGAUCAAAUUUUACGAAAUUUCGAGCAUCGAAAUUUUGAAACUAAUUAUUAUUUUUUAAAUUUAAAUGAUGAAGCCAAAUGAAGAAUCUAAUCAAAAAGAUAGCUCAAAAAUGAUACAAAUUAUUGAAGGUUGUCGGAUGCCCGUUAAAAUGAAAUAUUCCGAUGAUUGGCAUUUGGGAGAAAUUCUUAGUAUCAAAAAUCGUGAUGAAGAACAACUAUUUUACAUACAUUAUAGCGAUUGCAAUAAACGUCUUGAUGAAUGGGUAAGUCAAGAUCGUUUGGAUUUGAAACAAAUACAAUAUCCCAAAAGAGAAACAAAGGGAUCGAUAAAAAAUGGAUCUAGACAAUCAUCACCGGAUCGGGAAACAUCCAUGAUAAUCGAUCAUGAUGAUGAUCUCAACAAAAAAAUACAUUAUAAAAAACGCAAACUAGACAUCACCGCUCCUAGUACCGACGAUCAAGAUUCUCAAGAAUCGGCCAUAAAUUUGCCGCACGGGGCUAGUGGUGCUGUAAUUGCUCCCAGCACUAGUGGAAGUCUGUCGUUGAACAAUCAUGAUGACAUUAUAACUCGAAUCAAGAAUAUUGAAAUGCUAGAAUUAGGUAAACAUCGAAUCAAACCAUGGUAUUUUUCUCCAUAUCCAAUCGAAUUAGUAUCCGAACCAUGUAUUUAUCUUUGCGAGUUUUGUUUAAGAUAUUGCAAAAGCAGAACUUGUCUCAAACGUCAUAUACAGAAAUGUGAUCUCAAACAUCCUCCCGGAAACGAAAUUUAUCGGAAAAAUUCGCUUUCAUUCUUCGAAAUUGAUGGCAGAAAGAACAAAAAUUAUGCUCAAAACUUGUGCUUAUUGGCCAAGUGUUUUUUGGAUCACAAAACCUUGUAUUAUGAUACCGAUCCAUUUUUGUUUUAUGUUCUCACCGAAAAUGAUAAUCGUGGAUUCCAUAUUGUUGGAUAUUUUUCCAAAGAAAAAGAAUCUUCUGAAGAUUACAAUGUUGCAUGUAUUUUAACAUUGCCACCAUAUCAACGUAAAGGAUAUGGAAAAUUAUUAAUUGAAUUCAGUUAUGAAUUAUCGAAAUUCGAAGGAAAGACUGGAAGUCCAGAAAAACCUCUUAGCGAUUUAGGCUUAUUAUCUUAUCGAUCAUAUUGGAAAGAAACCAUUCUGAACAUAUUGACUAACCUUAAGCCAGGUGAAAAUAAUGAAAAACCACAAAUUACGAUACAAGAUCUUUCUGAACAGACAAGCAUAAAAAAAGAUGACAUCAUUUCAACAUUAGUUAAUAAUCUAAAUUUAAUUCAGUAUUACAAAGGUCAGUAUAUUAUUACAUUGACGAAAGAUAUACUAAAACAACAGCAACGAAUCUAUGAGAAACGAAAAAUUCGUAUCGAUCCAAAAUGCCUUAAUUGGUCGGUAAAAGAUUGGUCCAAACGCGGAAAAUGGUGAACGAUUUAUAUAUUUCAUUCGUACAUUUUUUGUAAACAUAGUUCCUUCUCCCUUAGAGUUUUUUUUUUAACGAAUCCCAAUAAAAUUUAAAUCUGUAAACUUUUU